UGGAAUUGUCGCGCUUUAUUUCGAUAGCAACACAUUUUUUAUUAGUCAAUUAAGUAACUAAAACAGACACACUUUACCAGAGACAGGUGAAUGACAUACAGAUCGAUUGUAUUUCAAACUCAGGAUUUGAUAACCGUACACACAGAUAAAGCUAUAAUGUCGACAACCUCGAAUAAAGUAUCUCCAGUUUCUAAGCAACAGAAGAGUAAGAAUUAUCAGCAGAAAGAAGCCUUAUAUGACGAAAGAUAUGAUUUAGUAUUGAUGACAAGAAUAAUAAUCGUUGGUGUUUUAGUAUUAACGUACAUCUACAAUAACCAAGUUCAAACAUGGAUUGACCAACUUUGGUAUUUUUUACUUACAUCUACAAUAUACAAUUCAGUAUAUUUUGAGACAUGGUUUACAACUUUUUGCUAUGCGUUUAUAAUUGCAAUUUAUCCAUUUGUACUUCACUACAUUAAACCGUUAGAAAAAUACAAAAUCCAUCCAUCAGUUACUUAUGAACAUCAAUCAGUUUUAUUUCUUGUGUGGAAAGCUAUUCUUUAUAUGGCGCCAUUAGCUACCAUGGACACAUUCAUUGUUAAAAAGUAUCAUGGAGUGCAACCUGACGUUUGGGAUGACAAAAGAGUCAAUUGGAUUCAGACGUCACGUGCUUUACCGGAAAUGCCACCAACAGUAUUGCAAUUGGUUGUUCAUUUGAUUGGAAGCGUUUUGUUGUUUGAUUUAAUUUUCUUUUUUAUACAUUAUUCACUUCAUAAAAACUUUUGGUUGUAUAAAACAUUUCAUCGCUACCACCAUGAUCAUGACGUUCUUCAUCCACACAUCACUGACCAAUUAACGGUGACCGAAAGAUUAUCUCUCGUAUUAUCUGCUAAUUUUGCACUAAAAUGUUUCAAUAGCCAUCCACUUACAAGAACAUUUUUUGUUCCAGUAUUUGUUUUUUUAUUAGUAGAAAACCAUACUGGUUAUGACAUACCUUUAGGAAUACACCGAAUAAUUCCAUUUGGAAUACUCUCAGGGCCUGUCAAACAUUACAACCAUCAUGUUAACGGUGAAAGAAACUACCAGCCUUUUCUUAAUUAUAUGGAUUAUAUUUUUAUAAAAUAGUUUUGUAUGAUAUACUUUUAAUAUUUGCUUUUAUAUCGUAUUUAUAUAGAAAUGAAGAUCUGUGAUAACGAGCACAGGGGAAACUUAUAUUUCUUUAAAUAAAAUUACAAUAAUCAAA